GUAGCACGUCGGCUGACAGGUUUCGAGAGGAUUGCAAGCUGUGCCAGGUCGGAACGAGGCAUGCAUCUCCAGUUGCAGUGCCAAAGCGAGAAAUUCCACCCAAUCUGGAUGCCAAAUAUCCGCGAACGAAUGGGUCCGACCACCACCUGGACCGCCUUGAGAACGCUGUCCAGUCCUCGAUUUGCAGCCAAUCGGACACAGACGGCUGCUCUCUCAGCGAGAUUGCCCCGCAGAUCCCAUGCCCGCUUCGGUAUCAUUCUGCUCUGAAAUGCGCUCGAUAGUCGUCUGGAUCAUCCAAUGAUUAGGCCGCUCAAGAUCGCGGUCGGCAAUAGGAAGUGGCACUUGCCCGUGCACCUCGAGUGGUCUCUGCGGAGAUACGCCUGGCUUCGAUCAUCGUAUUGGAUCUGAUUCCGUCGAGGUCUCGUUGAUUGCCGUCAUAUCGAACCGGGCUAGCGUGAUGUCGCACCAGACGGCCAAGUCGUAGGCAUCGAUCACAUCCUUGAGUUCGGUGGCCUGUCGAUCGUGAACUUGGUGGAAGAUGCAGGAUUAAGAUGGCCGGCUUGUGCAUAGCAAGGACACCUUGGCGGCAGGCCGUACGAUUCCGUCCACUGUCGAUGCUGCUACGCCCACGAUCCGUCAGGCUCUGGUCGAGCCACUGGCUCAGACGGGAAGCACAUUCAUCUCUGAUGGCAGGGACGCUUGGCACAUUGUCCAAAUCGCCAAAGACGCAGUGCAUGGACGCGGCCUUUGGAAUGUCGACUCAACGAGUGUCGGUGCUCCAGAGGGCGCGGUCAGCGGAGGUCUUAUACCGGAAAGGGAAGUUCCAGGAUCUUAGCUGCUUGACUGUUGCACUCGACUAGCUCAUGCUCGUGUUACUCGUCAUACGUGUAAAAUACAUGGAUCGCUGGGAGAUUACAUGAAAGCAACUCCCUCUGUGCAUUCGGUCCCUCUAAUGCCCGUCACUCACGAGUGAAACAAAGGCGGCAUAAAUGAUCUCGGGAAGAAGGAGCCGGUCCUUCAUUUGUUCGCGGAUUCGUUGAGCACGGUCCCGGUGUGAUUGCUGCUGAUUGUCCUUCUGCACCUCCGACACAGCCGUGUCCAGGAUGCGCAAUGCGUCCGAAUCCUUGAUCCAUCCGUUGUCCUCAU